AUGACACUGAAUAGAAAGUGCGUUGUGAUACAUAACGGGUCACACAGAACGGUGGCCGGAUUUAGCAACGUUGAAUUGCCCCAAUGCAUCAUACCUUCGAGCUAUGUCAAGAGGACAGACGAGGCGGGGAAGGUUGAACUUAUAUUCGGGACCUAUGACAUGACAGACGCCGCAGCGGAGAAACGCAAUGGCGACGAGGUCUAUACGUUGGUAGAUAGCCAAGGGUUGCCGUACAAUUGGGAGGCAUUAGAGUCGCAAUGGAGGUAUUUGUACGACACUCAACUGAAAGUCUCGCCCAAUGAACUGCCAUUGGUGAUUACCAUGCCCGCCACUAACGGGAAACCGGAUAUGAGCAUAUUGAGGCGCUAUUACGAACUGGCGUUCGACAAGUUGAAUGUGCCAGUAUUUCAAAUUGUCAUUGAGCCCUUGGCGAUUGCUUUGUCCAUGGGCAAGAGCUCUGCAUUCGUGAUUGACAUGGGCGCAUCAGGUUGCAACGUGACCCCCAUUAUCGACGGUAUUGUGGUGAAAAAUGCUGUGGUGAGAUCGAAGUUUGGUGGUGACUUCUUGGAUUUUCAAGUACACGAAAAGUUGACUCCCAUGAUCAAAGAGGAAAACGACAUGGAAAACAUGGCAGACGAAGAGAAAAGAUCAACUGACGUUUGGUACGAGGCAAACACGUGGAUUCAGCAGUUCAAGUCUACCAUGUUGCAAGUGAGUGAAAAGGAUUUGAUUGAGUUAGAAAGGUAUUACAAGGAACAAGCAGAAAUAUAUGCCCGGCAACAAGAACAGCUGAAGCAAAUGGACCAGCAACUCCAGUACACGGCAUUAACAGUCAGCCCCAACAAUCCAUUGCUGCAGAGGAAAAAUUUUCUAUUCAAACCAUUGAACAAGACUUUAACUAUGAACUUCAAAGAUUGCUACCAGUUCGCAGAGUAUCUGUUCAAACCACAACUGAUAUCGGAUAAAUUCUCGCCAGAGGACGGACUGGGGCCGCUGAUGGCGAAAUCGGUGAAGAAGGCCGGCGCUAGUAUAAACUCGAUGAAGGCCAACACCUCCACUAACCCGAACGGAUUGGGAACAAGCCACAUGAACGGCAGCACUGGUGAUAACGGCGCCGGUAGCAGCAACAAUAUAUCACCGGAACAGGUCUACUCGUUACUAUUGACAAAUGUCAUCAUCACUGGCUCGACGUCUUUGAUCGAGGGCAUGGAACAACGCAUAAUAAAGGAGCUGUCCAUUAGAUUCCCGCAGUACAAGCUGACCACGUUCGCCAACCAAGUCAUGAUGGAUCGUAAGAUCCAGGGAUGGCUAGGUGCCGUGACGAUGGCCAACCUGCCCUCGUGGAACCUGGGAAAAUGGUAUUCCAAGGAAGAUUACGAAACGCUGAAGCGGGACGGAAAACAGUCGCAAUCUGCGAGCGUAAGCGCCAAGACAGACUAG